UGCAAUCCUUAUAGCAGCCAAGGCAUGUAAAUAUACACACCGUGCUGAAAGGCUAAUUCACUUGGAGCUGGAAAGCUCUAAAGUUGGAUUAGCCCGAUGCACAGGUUGUGAUAAGGUACAUAAUGAAUGGUUUAAUGCCUCGAAAAAAGAAAUUACCAAUGUGAUCAACAAUUGGGUUAAUUAUAUAAACGAUGUAUACGGAAAGGCUAGAUUUUAA